CUCCCACCCUUUCUUUACCUCUUUCUCACACCCUCACACAGGAAAAGGCUGUUUACGGUGGCAUAGUCGUUUCCCAUUCUGGAAGGCUAUUUGGAGGGUACAGAUAGUAAGAAAAUAGCCGUGUUAGACUACAGCUUCUAAUCUGAUACAAGUAGAGAACACUAACUAGGUUUUUGCAAAACAUUGGAGGGACCUCAUUUUAGUGCGGAGGCACAUUGAGGUCGUAGUUCAAAAGGGGUCAUGGAUACACUGGCUUUAGAGGCGAAGGCAACUGGACAAGAAAAGAAAUGUUCAGCCCCAAGACCAAGACCUAAACCACCCAAAAAGGCCAAAAGGAUUGUUUACUUUGAGGUAGAAAUCGUGGAUGCAAAGACAAAGGAGAAGCUACUACUCUUGGACAAAGUUGAGCCAACUUCUACUAUUUUGGAUAUUAAGGCUUUGUUCCACAAAUCAAAUCCCCAGUGGUACCCAGCCAGACAGUCCUUACGCCUGGAUCCUAAGGGUAAGGGUCUGAAGGAUGAGGACGUCUUGCAGACACUUCCUGUUGGAACCACAGCCAGCUUCUACUUCUUUGACCUGGGGGCCCAGAUCGCCUGGGGCACUGUCUUCCUAUCAGAGUGUUACGGACCACUGCUCAUCUACUUGAUGUUCUACUUCCGCCUGCCUUUCAUCUAUGCCCCAAAGUAUGACUUUAGCAGCAGCAAGCACUGGGUUGUACAUUUGGCCUGCAUGUGUCACUCCUUCCACUAUGUGAAGAGAAUCCUUGAGACGCUGUUCAUCCACCGUAUCUCCCAUGGUACCAUGCCACUGAGAAACAUCUUCAAGAACUGCAGUUAUUACUGGUGUUUCGCAGCAUGGAUGGCCUACUACAUCAACCAUCCCCUCUAUACACCACCCUACUAUGGGCAACAGCAAGUGAAGACAGCACUCAUUCUAUUCUUAUUCUGUCAGGUCGGAAACUUCUCCAUCAACAUCACUCUACGCAACCUCAAAUGUCCAGGUUCGAAGGUCAAGAAGAUCCCACACCCAACUAAGAAUCCAUUCACCUGGAUCUUCGCGUUGGUGUCUUGUCCCAACUAUACAUACGAGCUGGGGUCAUGGAUGGGCUUCACAGUGAUGACCCAGUGCUUGCCGGUGGCUUUCUUCACCAUCGUGGGCUUUGUCCUGAUGACGGUGUGGGCCAGGGGAAAGCACCGAAACUACCGCAAGGAGUUCCGUGACUACCCCACCCUGCGCUCCCCUAUACUGCCCUUCAUCCUUUAGUCAGAGAGGGGCUGGUCCCACACAUAACUUCACCCCUUUCAGCCCCACUGCAGUAUACAGCUGGUGCUUCUGACUGGGUAGGUUGGAAGGAGUCGUUGGAAUAGUUUAACUACACUGUGACUGGUUUUGGGGAGUUGAAAACCCCUUUUGAUGACUUAAAUGCAGAUGAGUCUUAAUCUGAUGUAAUGUGUACUACCGGUAUCUACUGUACAUGUCAAUGUGUGGAGGCACAAAUGAAUGGAAAGAAAUACACUUGUUUUACUAAAGUGGUGACUUAACUGUCGACUAAACGGU